AUGAAACCUGUUGGCUUGCAUGACUUGGAGCCACCUUAUCUACGUCCUAGGACAGCACAGGAGAUGUACUGCGAGAACUUGAGCGCCUACCAACAUCAACAACAGCACCAGAGACCGGCCACUUACCCCAUCGGUGACUACUCUAACCCCUACUUGUGGCUCAACACCCCGGGGGCAGUCAGCGCCUCCCCCCCACCUUACCUGCACCCUAGUGGGGGCGCGUCUCCAUCCUUCGUGCCCUCUUCUUCCUACGGCUCCCAGAAGCCGUUUGUGCCUGGCUCUGGUGGCUUCUCAAACGCCGAUCUGGGCUGGUUGUCCAUCAGCAGCCAAGAGGAGCUUCUCAAGCUGGUCAGACCGCCUUACUCCUACUCUGCUCUCAUCGCCAUGGCCAUUCAGAGUGCCCCAGACAAGAGGUUGACCCUCAGUCACAUCUACCAGUAUGUGGCUGACAACUUUCCCUUCUACAAGAGGAGCAAAGCUGGCUGGCAGAACUCCAUCCGACACAACCUCUCCCUCAAUGAUUGCUUCAAGAAGGUGCCCAGAGAUGAGGACGACCCGGGGAAAGGCAAUUAUUGGACUCUGGACCCGAACUGCGAGAAAAUGUUCGACAACGGGAAUUUCCGCAGGAAGAGAAAGCGCCGGAGCGAGUCCGGCUCGGGUCCCCUGAAGCCCGGGGACAGUGGCUUAGGGGCUGGCUUGAAGGCGGAGGAGAGCCCCACAGGCGGGCUGGACACGGGGGUGAGGGAGCUCGAGCGGUCGGGGGGCUCCCCAGACCCCGAGGGCAAACCCAGUCCGUGUCUCAGUGGCUUUUUCAGCAGCGUUGCAGCCAUCAGUGGCGCUCCGGCCAACAGGCAGGUUUCCGUGGGAUUCACCGGGAACUUGACUCAGAGGAGCGUCACAGGAAUGGCCGCUUCCUACUGCACGAGUGGUGCCGGCCUGUCCUCGCACGAAUCCUCAGAUACAGUGGACGCAAUCCACCUGAACCGUCCCGCUUACUACAACUCCUUCCCCACCGGCCAAGCCAGCUGUCACUUCUACAACAGCUUCAGUGUGAAUAGUUUGAUCUACCCCAGGGAAGGCACCGAGGUCUGA